AUGAGCGACUACGCCUUUGUCUCGGGCGGGUCACUCAAGUUCAAGGGCGGUGCGGACACAAAGAAGAAGAAGAAGAAGUCCCACUCGUCUUCAGAUCGCUCCAAACUCGACUCUGAAAUCAAGCUCAAGGAUAGCGGCAGCGGCAAGGGAAAGGAGAGGGAGACGUUGGGGAGUGCGGAGGCUCAUGGUUCCCGCUCAGAAUCGCAUUCAAGAUCGCCCAUGCCCGAGAGAAAGGAGGAGCCAAAGAUGACGGAAGCCGAAAGACGCUUCUUAGAACAGCAGAAGAAGAGGCGACAAGAAAGAGUAAAGCAAACAGCAAAGAUGACCCACAAGGAGAGGGUGUCCGAGUUUAACGCCAAGUUGGAUUCUCUCAGUGAGCACCACGACAUGCCUCGUAUCGGCCCCGGGUAA